UCCUUGAGUGACAUAGAGAUAUAAUACUGGAGUAUUAUUAGUAUUAAUUAGUAAAUAUAUAGUAGUAUAAUAUAAAUACUUUAUAGUAUUAAUUUUACUUCAUUGCUAUACUUUUUGUGUUAUUAAAACAAUUCUUUAAAAUAGGCAUAAAUACUUUAUAGUCCUGUCUAGUGUGUCGUAUCAACCGAGCUCAACAAGUGGACAGGGGCGGCGCUCGUUGCCAUGGUGAAGCGUCACUAUGACACCGGUAGCAGAAGGCGAGGUGUGGAUUCAGAGAUUUCACCAACUCAAGAGCAAAUAAUUUCCCUUAAAAAGCAUCCACCUCCGUCGUAAUCGACCUCGAAUGUUGCUUUAGUACAAGGCAGACAACUUAACAAUCGCAAUAAUAUCUCAUAAACGGGAACGGACGACGUUUUGUCGUAAUCGUGUGUUGUCCUAGUUGCACGACAUAAUCCCAGCUAGUUUCAUGUAGCUAGCUAGCGAGUUUGUGAGCCGUUAUUCGAGACAAACCCGUUGCCUGCCGCCUCAGGAAACGCACAAGAUAUGGAGACUUAACGUUAGUAGGACGAGCUACUGGAGAAGACAUGGAGUUGCAUAAGGAUAACCAGGAAUCAUCUUGUCAAAGUGACAGGAGGGUCUCCGAAUCUUCUCUACGAUCUGGGAAACAGGAGAAAUACCAGAAAGACAUAGAGGGCUCGGUUGGAGAUCGGGCACGGACCAUAACGCGUGAUCCGGAUCGAGAUCGAUGUUCGGAUGGAGAGCGCAGCAGUGUCUCUUUUUACUCUGAUGAUUAUGAAAAUGUCUCGCACUCUGACCAGUCUCUCUCACCGCGGUCCUUGUCUAGAUCACCGCGUAGAAGAGGAAGAUCUAGAAGAGUGUCCAGCAGCCCCUUACAUCGAGCAGGUGUGCAUAAAGGUGUGCCAUGCCGCCCCCCACCUCACUCCCAUAAUCCUCAGCAGCGGUCAGGAGGCAUGCGAUCCCACAGCCUGAGUAAAGAAGCUCCUUCCAAAGAUGUCAAUCCGGUCACCAAGCGCAUGAUGUCUGCACGUCUGCUUAAGAUCAAUGAGCUAAAGAAUGCACUGUCUGAGCUGCGGCUGCACGCGGAUGAGCUGCAGCGUGAAAACCGUCUGCUGCGGCAGCUGCAGCUGCGACAAGAAAAAGCACUGCAUCGCUACAACGACACAGAGAGCGAGAUCUCGCAGCUGCUCUCUCGCCACAACAACGAGACUCAUGUGCUGCGUGAGAGGCUCCGGCGAAGUCAGGAGAACCAGCGUACAGCUGAGCAGAGCCUCAGAGAGAGGGAUGCCCAGCUUCAACGCUGUCGCAGUCAGCUGCUGAAACUGCAACGACUUGUAGAUGACCAAAAUCUCGGGGAAAGAGAAGAGCUCUCACGGAAAAUGAUGUAUGCUCAAGCCAAACUGCAAGAGAGCGAACGCAAAGUGAAGGAAUUGGAAAAGAACAUGGAGUUGAGUGGCGGAAGCUUUCAAAGGCAGCUCGCCAGUGAAAGAAGAAAAACUCAUGAUGCUCAACAGGAAGUUAAAGCACUACAGGAGGAAGUGGAAAGACUUUGCACUAAAUUAAAGGGGAAAGAAAAGGAGCUGGAUGCAAGGAACAUCUACUCGAACAGGAUGCUACAUGCUUCUUCCAAGAAAGAAAUAGAUAAUGCCGGUAGUCGCAAAGGGAACAACACAACCAGCACUAAAGCUGUGCAGACUGAAGAAAGAAUCUCCUCAUUGGAUUUCCCAUCGCCUCCUCCAGCCCUCACCAGUGAUCUCCCACCUAAUGACCAAACUGAUGAUUACCUCUCUCUGAAGGAUCAGCAAGGCAGAGAUCAGGGGCUGAGAGACACGAAGGACUGGAAGAUCCAAGAAUUAUGGAGAGAAAGGGAGAAGGAAAGAGAGAUGGAAACUGCGAUGGAACAGGCGAGAGAAAAGGAGAAGGAAAAAGACAUACUGCACGAUAGAGAAAGCGAAACAGGGUUGAGACUUGAUCAGCAACCCAGCUCACUCGAGAAGAACUCAAAAGCCUUCAGAGAUGGCAUUCACAAAGGAGAAGAGGAUUGGAGGAUUGGCCUGUCUUCAUCUCGAAAAGAAGAAGAAAGCAGGAAGCAGCAUGAACUGGAAGAGAAAGAACAUCAAGCAAGAAAUCAGGAGAUCCAGGCUGCUGAUCAAGAAGGAGCCGAGGAGGAACGUCAACGCAAAGAGCAGCUGUUAGCUAAAAUGCAUGAGAUUGACAUGCAGACACAAGGCCAAGAUUCAGACUUCUUCUCAGAUGACACGGGUAGUGUCCGCUCUCCACCACGGUCGUCCGAGCAGCAGAACCAGAGCGGUACUUUCAAACUUACAGACCCAGAAGAACCCAGCACAUUUGGAAGCGGGAGAAGGGGGGCUGGUAUCCGAGCACAGCGUCCUAGCGAGGAUCUUGACCUAGCUUUUGGCAGCUAUGCCCCCUCUUUUGGUAAAUCCGCCCCACGUGCAGGCAUUGGCCCACGCAACACAAAUCAAAACUCAAAUACACUGUCACCACGAAAUGAAGAGCUUGAUCUGGGCGGUGUAGUUAAAGAGAGAAAAUCCAAUCUCAUGCAGCAGCUUUUCGGGUCCUCCACAACGCCACAUUCUUCAGAAGCAUCCAGAAAGAUGGAGGUACUGAGCCCCCCUGUAACAUCCCAGCUCGCAUCAGGUGCACCGAGUGGACGCAGGAGGGACACCGACACACCAACUGUUCUGAACAUCAAGUCUCUGACCAACAAUAGAAGCGCUCUCCAAGUCUCAGAGAGCCGGCCGGCAGUCAGGGCCAUUACAUCAUUUGAUGAUGACAUUGAAGAAGUGACACUCUAAAUAGGCCGCCUUUUUAUAACACGGAGGAAUCGGUUUCUUGCAGGGGAGAGAAUUCAAAUACCUCAGAUACUUGGUCGUGUGCUCACCUAUGAAGUAAUCUCGGAUUAAAUGAUGUGUAGUUCGCAAAUAUGUAUAUUCUCUUGCUUUUAAUACUCUGGGUGAAGUUAGGGAGGAAGAUUUUUUACUUUGUUGUGGUAAGGUAUGCACAGGGUCCAGUUACAAUACAUAAUUUAAGUCAAGUUGUGAAAAGGAUCUGAGUCCCUCUGAUUUACAAAAUUUCAGAUCAAAGAUUGAAUAAUCUGAACGCUGAUCAUAUAUCAUGUUCAGUUGACUUACACUGGCAUAUGUUACGUAUUCAGUAUUCAGUACUGUGCAAGUCUUAGGCCACCACCACCAGACUUGUUGUUUUGAAGUUUUAAUGUCCAUCCAUAUUUAUUUUUCAAUCUAUUUUAUUAAGAUACAAACAGAAAGUACCAGAAAUAUGUACAAAAAAAUUUAAUUUUCAGGACUAAAUGUCUUUUUUAGGCAUCGUCUGUGUUUAGUCUGACCUCUCUUGGCACUAAACACAUCUUGGGUGUUUUUGAGCAGAAUCAAGUAAAAAGACUAAUUUCUUUAAAAUAAGAAAUUAGGAUUUAAUUUUAUUAAGGUUUAACAGAUCCUGCAGUUUCCUGCUAUUCCUCAAAUGCAAGGGGAUUUACCCUAAAAACUUGACACAUGAGUUUACCUUUUUUUUUUUACAGUUUUUAAUACUAUAUACACAUUUCCUAUAUUUUCUGGAUGUAUUCUAUUAAAGAGACUUGAGAAACAAUUAUAUAUGAUCACUAUAACAUAUCAAACUAAAACAACAAAUCUAAUUCUGGCAUGGUGGCCUAAGACUUUUGCACAGUACUGUGUAUAUAUAUUUUUUUAUAAAAUUAAUGAGAAAUACUAUUUUAUGUCCAGUAAAAAAUAUAUUAUGGCUAAGUCUUCUCAAUUUACCAACUGGUAAUAUUGUGUGGUUCUUGGUCCUGAGAAAGUCCAUAGAAAAGUACUCAAUAGGAUAGUUAACCCAAAAAUGAAAAUUCUGUCCCUCAAGUUAUUCCAAACCUGUAUACAUUUAUAAACAGGGUUCCCACAGGUCCUUGAAAUCCUUGAAAGUUUGUGAACAUGGGGAGAAAAAUUCAAGGCCCUGGGAAGUUUUUGAAAAUAUAAAUAAAUAGAUACAGGUCAUUGAAAUUGCUUAAAUCUAUUUUAUGCAAGAAGUUUUCUGAAAAAAAAGUGUAGUGUAGGAUAAUAUUAUAAAAAUUCUAUACUUUUUAAGCACACGUGCUAAACUGUUCACUUUAAAUGCUUAUAUCUUCUGUAUGCGAAUGUUGAUUCAUACCAAAAUGCUUUUUUGCAUAGUUGUGUCUGACACAUCUCGGGUAACGUAAAUAACUGUUGUUCCCUGAGAAGGGAACGAGACACUGCGUCUCCCUUGCCAUACUUCCUGCGUCCCUGUAACGCCGUCUUUGGCAAUAUUUCAGAUAGCGAUAUACUUCCUGGCUCCCGCGUCACCCUGUCUUUGUCGUUAAGCCUCACCAUUGGCUAAAUUUGAUAUACACAUUCAGACGCACUUACCCCUGGAGGCGUCCCCAAAGUGUCACCACAGUGAUGCAGCGCGAGUUCCCUCGAAAGGGAACUGUAACAAUAUAUCUUAAAAGGUAACACAAUGUAACCUUGCUCCUUGAAUUUGAGGGUAUUGGACCUGGAAAAUCCUUGGAAGAUCCUUGAAUUUAAAGUUAACUAAGGUGUGGGAACCCUGUAUAAACUUUUGAACAUGAAGGAAGAUAUUUGUUAUCAAGCAGGAAACAAGAGCACCAUUGACUUUCAUAGUAAAAAAUUAUAUACUAUGAAAGUCAGUGGUGCUUGGAAAUGGUUGCAAGCAUUGCUCAAAAUAUUUUCCCUUGUGUUCAGCCAAACACAGAAAUUUAUACAGGUUUGUAACAACUUGAGGGUAAGAAAUGAAUGACUGAAUUUUCACUACGUGUUAGGAUUAUCUUACGAAAUAUUUACCGUAAGAACUCGAUUAGUAGAAAGAGGGGUUGCUUAAGGACACUGAACAUGUUUGGGUCUACUUGUGGCUUUGUUUAAGAUUGAGAACAAAGAUAUCUUGUCGAAGAUUCAGUUUUUGUAUUUUUUGCAAGAAAAGGUCUGCACUUUCAGUACUGAUAUGACAGUGGCAAAGCUCUGUCCUCUCAGAAAGCCACUCUGUGGCUUGGCUGACUCAGGUUUAGGCCGUGUCUUCUCUAAACCACUCCUCCCACACGGCACGUUUUUAGUUUCCCUCCAUUUUACAUGUCAGUGUCAAUAACUUUAUGUAACAGAGGGGAGAGUUAAAGAUCUAACCCGACUUUGUAAUUUUUUGUUAGAAGAACAAAUGUAAAACACUCAUGGAUGUUUAUCUGUGAGACCUUAUCAGGUGUUCUCGAAAUUGAACUUUUUUGUGUUAUUGGAAGAUGUUGUUGAAAAAUGUGUGAUUUGAUCAGCAUUUUUAAAGUGUCUCAGGGUUCAAUCAAUUAAAUAGAGAUCAUAUAUGAAAUAGUUUAAACAAUGUUUGCUGUGACCUUUGGUGGGUAACAUUUAAGUGAUGAUGUCCUACAAUUUUUACAAUUAUCAUUUUAGAUCACAAUUCCUCAACUUUUUCUUAAAAUAACACAAUUUUGCCACUCAUCUAAGCAAGGUGUAGUACUUAUGUAUCAAAAUAAGUUUAAUAUAGCCUACCUGAAUUCAAUGUUCACUCAAUUCAAUCGUAUAAAGCACUGCAGCAUGUUACUGUAGCACUUAAAUGGUUUUUUUAUGACAUCAAGUUCUAUUAUUUGUGAUGUACUUGUGAGUUCAGUGUGUGGCUUUUUAUGGUUUGUAUGUCUCUGUUAUUUGACUUUGUAUUAUAUAGUUGACUUUGAAUUAGUGAUCCUUAUCGAUCAUUUCAAUACAGUUUUUAUGAUCUGUGUGUCCUUGUUAUAUCAUUUUAAGAGCUUUUAAGAGAGCACUGGAAGAUGUAAGUUCAUUGUUCCUGACAUUGUGUUUAAAGUGAUCUCCAGAAACAUAUCCAUAGAUUUGUAUGGCCUAGAAAUUUAUGUCAGGUACAAAAACAAACACUGUCAUGAUCAGGAAACAUCUGAUUAUUGUCUACUCUUGAGUGGCAGCAAGCUUCCAGAGAUACAUGUGUGUUGUGAAGCAUGGUAGAAUGUUAGCCAUUGUGAAGUUACUAUAGAAUGUCAUUCAUUGUAAGGUCAUGGUAGAGAUGUGGCCAUUGUGAGGUCAUUGUUUAGAGAUGCUAUUGUGAGCUUUUGGUCACAUGGUCCUAUGCAUUUUGCCUUGAAAUCACAUGACUGUCACAUGUAAAUUAAUUAUAUCAUUGUGGAAUCAGUAAGUUACUUUGAAUCUUUAAAUCUUGUCAAGAAACCUGUCACGAGCAUGCCCGUUGCGCCACAAAAUCUAAAGGAAACAACGAAAUUUAGGACCAUUGAUGUUUUUAUUUGAAUUGUA